GCCAGACAGAUGAUUCGCUUGAGGAGGUGAGACUUAUCAUGAUCGAUGAAAUGAAAAAAAAAAGGAUUGAUUCAACACUCAUUCAACAGAAGAUGCAAGAAACAUUUUCUCUUCGCCGCAAAGAAGUUGUAGAGAUUCAGCCACUAGUUGAGGAAAUCAGAGAGAGAUGGCCUGCUCUUUUUCUAAAGGAUGAGAUCUGCAUGGAGUUUUUUCGUAUCAGUAACGUUGACCUCCUGGAGAAGUUCAACAUGUCCCUUGAAAAAUACACAACACCUCUCCUGAAACUGUACAGAAAGAGAACAGAUGCAUUUGGAGAAGAAAUGAAGACUCUUUUGGACAAGCUGGAUGAACAGGUGAGUGACAUUACCACACAUCGGAAAAUAACAGCUCUUAAGGGAUUGCCUAUUUUUCUGCGUGAGAAGCCAGCAUGUUUUCUCAAGAUGUGCCUGGAUACUGAUCCCGAGGACCACAGCACCAAAGGUGUAAAGAUUGGAAUCCUUACUGUGGUCGAAGAUGAUGUUGCCGCUGUCACAUCACUGCCAACUGUAAUCAACCUGGCCAUAAUCCUGGAAGAGGCCAUUGUGCUUCAGGACAUUACAGAUCUGCCAGCAGCAUUUGCAUACUUGUUCGGUCUCUUGUAUGCACUCAAUAUGGAGUAUCCAAAAGAACUCAAGUAUACUUUUGAAGUUAUACAAAAGAUCUUUAUGGAUCUUGGUGGUACCUGCUCUGCAAGAGUACAGUCAUUGAAGUCUAAACUUUGCUAAAUGGACAAAUGCAUCUGAAUGAGGUUCUUCCACUGGCCAUUGUUUUUUUUAUACUUUUAUAGUUAAUGACUGAAAAACAAUAGUGUUUUAUUUCAAUGUAUUAAUUUAUGUUAAGUAUUAAUUUGUUACAACCUUUGCCUUAAAGAGAUAGCUCACACAAGUUCCUCCAAGUUCACACAGGUUUAGAACAACUUGGGGGCGAGUAAAUGAUGAAAGAACUUUCAUUUUUAUGUGAACUAGGCAAAGGUUGUAAAAAGUGAGUACUUAACAUGAAUCAACACAUUGAUAUUGUUUUUCAGUUUUUUUUUAGUUUAAUUUUUCUCCCUUUUUAUUUUUUUUUCUGAGGCUGAGCUAAUUAUAUUUGAUUUCUAUGUAGACACUGGUACUUCCAAGGCCAAGAGUGGAUUACAGGCAUAUCAUUGUAAUUAUAGUUUCAAUGUUGAUGUUCUGACAAAAAUGUACAGUGCAUUUAUAAUAACUGAGUAAUGUUUGUGGUUUACUCUGAUGCUUGCACUUGUUUUGGGUUCUUGGACAAAAUAGUAACUUCGUUUUGAGGAACUCUUAGGUUGAUGUUAAAAUAUGCAAUAUAGUAGUUUUCACAUAAUAGUUUCUUUAAAAAUCAACCAAAAAUGUUAAAUACAUGUGAUAAGGUACUUCAUGCCACAAGACUGCUAACGUAUUAAGGUAUAAUUAACACUGGAUUUCUUUAACAUGCAUUAUGUUCCAUGCAUUGAUUUCAGUGUAAAAUGCAUGGAGUAAAGAAGUUAAUAUACAAGACUUGGUAUGUCCUUGUGCUUUGGACAAACUUUCAAUAAUAAAAAAAAGUUA